AGGCUAGUACCGGAAGAAGUAGGUGUUUUCAUCCUGUGGAAGCUAACACGGCUCUACGAAAAACAUGAACCUGAUCAUAAGACAAGCUAGAUGAUAAACAAAUAUUAGGAUAGAUUUCUUUGCACAAACCGAAGAGAAUAUCGGUCAUCUGUGGGUCGCUAACAUCCUGCAGGCCUUAUGCUACUCAAGGCAUGGCAGAGAGACAGGACAAUGAGGUGGAGGAGGCUGACCAGAUCUACCUUUUGAUGAAGGAGGAGUAUCGGAUCUCCAGGAAUGUGCGUCUGGCCUGGUUCCUUGGUAAACUUAACCAAGUCAUCUGGCCUGCCUCAAAGCCUGAACUGCUGAACUCAGAGAAUGAAUUAGACUUACUGAGCAUCCUACCUAAAGGAUGGCAGCCGGAUUUCUCCCCCACCAUGUACCCCUACAUGUUGAUGCCGUCCACCCGGGCAACCUUCCUAGCCCGGAGGUACCGCUUCAUCAUCGAGCUGGACCUCAGCCCCUCCACAGGGAUCGUGGAUGACAGCACAGGAGAGAUGAUCUUCGAUGAAGUGUUUCAUGCCUUGUCGAGGUGUCUGGCUGGUCUGGCUCAACCAUUCAAAGUCCCUGGAACUGAUCAACUUUUCAAACCUAAGAUCUUCGUCACCAUCUUGGCAUAUUCAUCAAUUAUUGGCCUCAGUUCCCAUCAGGUAUUGGUGCAGGGUUGUCAGCUUGAAAGAACAGAUCUUGAUGAGUUCCUGCAUCACAUCUAUCAGCAGCUCAGAGCAGUGGAGAGCAACAUCGCAGAAGUCCUACAUCAGCAGCAUGAACAGUCUGUGGAGGCGGUGCAAAGCUCAGGUCUCCAUAAUACAAACCUGGACGACCAGCCCCACAGGAAGCAGGGAGUAUCCAUGGUGUCAGCUGAUAUGGGACUGGUCAGCAUGGUCCGCCAGGGCAUCCUGGCUCUUCAGUUGCUGCCACCAAACUCCAGUGCUGGUAUCAUUAUAAUCACAGAUGGAGUGACAAGUGUUCCUGAUGUAGCAGUGUGUGAAACCUUGCUCAACCAGCUCAGGAGUGGAACCAUUGCUUGCUCCUUUGUGCAGGUGGGUGGGGCAUACUCCUAUGACUGCAGCUUUGGUUACAUCCCCAAUGUGGAGCUCAUGAAGUUCAUCUCAUUAGCCACCUUUGGCUCAUACCUGCCGAGCUGUCCUGAACUGGACCUGGACAGCCAAGAGAUGAAUGCCUACCACAAGGCCUUCUUAACCUACUCCUUCCUCAAGACCCCUGAGUCCAUGAACUCAGAGUACUUCUGUGUUUCCCAGCACAAGUUGUUCAAUGAGCACCUGGUGUCAGCCAGUGGUAACCCAGCCCUGGUCAUGAGGAGGAAGAAGCACACAGAGAAGGAAGUCCAUGCUCAUUUAAUCAGCGUGGUAUCUGUACGACUGAGAGAGGGCUACACCAUCAGAGAGAUCAGCCUCACCAAAGGUGGGACUCAGCUAGAGGUGAAGCUGGUGCUGCUAUGGAAACACAACAUGCAUAUUGAGUACCUGGCAGCCGCCUCCUGGCCGCUGGACCUCGCCAAGCGAACCACCAGGGUGGAGGUGACGAUGGAGGGAAGCUACGACAUCCUGCACGACAUCAGCUGCACACAGAGGAAACCCAUCACCAGCCCGUACCGCACCUCCGUCAUCCGCCGCUUCUGGAACACACUGCAGAGUAUCAACCAGACUGAUCAGAUGUUGGUGCACCUCCAGUCGUUCAAUUCAAUUCCUGAGAACUACAUGAUUCCUGAGAGCACCAAAAAUGGAGUUCCUUUGUUCUACAUCCCUCCUGGCUCUACUACUCCGGUUCUGUCCUUGCAGCACAGUGGAUCCAAAGACUCUUCUCAGUCUCAGUUUGCUUCCUACUGGAAGCCCAUCCUCUCUAUGGAUGCCAACUUCUGGCAGAGAUGGCUGCACAUGCAUCGCAUCGCCAUCAUCCUUGAACAUGACAUGCCUGUACCCAAACACCUGCACACAGCUGGAAACAAUGGACGUUACAGCACUAUUCAGUGUCGUAUCUCCCACACUGCCCUCACGUCUCUGCUGAGGGACUGGAGCAGCUUCGUGCUGGUGGAGGGCUACUCAUAUGUUAAACUCAUAUACAGUUCAUCUGACCAGCCUCCCACAUCCUUCUACCUGGUCCGUCUCAUCUCUAAGACACCCUGCAUGGUGCUGCGUCUGGGUUUCCCUAUCGGAACACCAGCCCAUGUUAGAAACAAGAUUGUGGAUGAGCUGCGAGAACAGAUCCUCAAACUUCGCUUCCCUCAUCGCGUUCAGAACAAAGAGGCCACACCCAAGACCAAGAGGAAGAUUGUUGGACAUCCAUCACCAUCCAAAUCUCCCUCCAUCCCUGCUCCCAAACCUGCGCUGUCUGACAGACCUUGUGUGGUGGUGCUCAACAAGCCUCUCGAGAAGCUGCUCAUAAGGUAUGAGAAGCUGCCGUUGGACUUCAGGACUCCCUUCAUUUUCAACAUGGAGAACUUUCCGCAGCCUUCCAACAGCGCAGUGCCCCUCAGCAUGGCAGCCAACCGCACAGCCUCGUCCACCCUGGCCUCCUUGUCCCGUUACUUCCUGCACCAGCGCUGGGUGUGGGCCGUGCAGAGCAGCCAAGGCCCGGCAGUCGCCAUGCAAGCUGUGGCUCACAUCCUGUCCAUGCUCUCUGAAAUCCGCAUAUCAGAAGGCUUUCACUUCGCUGCCAGUGGAGAGGGCAUCGUCAACAUGGUGAUAGAGCUGCCGAUGAAGGGCAUCUCAGCUGACACAGACAGAGAGAGUCACUCUUGUAUUGUUCAGUACAUCCUGUUCCCACCUCACUCCACCUCCACUAAAGACAGCUUCUCCACUGAUGAUGACAAUGACACCGAGGUAGAGGCUGUCGACAUGGACACAGAGCUGAACCUUGUGACGGAGUGCUGGGUGGAACCACAGAGCGGCACCGUGAUGAACUGCAUGGACCAGCAUCGCCACUUCCAGGGCCUCAAGUACCAGGAGAUCCCUCAAGCAAUCUUCCCCAGGGAUUUGACCUGUAUGUCCACCAUGAUGACCUUUGAGUAUUUAAGCCAACUGUGUCAGAAUAAGGACCAGGUCUGCUCACUGCCAGCUGGACUCAAGGAUGUGAGAGGAGAGGCUCUGUCUUCUGAGGACAGCAUUCAUAUGGUUCCCUUCCAGUUUGAUCUCAUUCAGCUGCUCCCAAAAUGCCAGCAGGUUGAACUCUUCUUCCUCACAUUCAGCACAGCAAUGGAGAAUGAGGAACAGAUCCACAGCUCCCCCUGUCUGCCCAAUGAGCUCCUGCUCAGCCUCUUCCACAGCAGCCUGGAGCACGAGCUCAGUGACAGAGAGAUCCCGCUAGCUGACAGCGACCACGUCACAUUUAUGCACCACAUCUUGGAGCGAGAACGGGACGGCCAUGUCGCUCCUUUCUCCUUACCUGUUAUUAAAGAAGAGUGUGUGAAGCCUCCAGACAGACAGGACACUAUGACGUCAUUCCACACCACUGGCAGCAGUAAAGAGGUGAUGGGAUCCACCAGCACUUUACAGAGUUUCAGUAAUGCAGACCUUGUGGAUGAAGAGCCUUUGCUGGGGGAGAGGAGUUGCUCUAUGCCACAGUGGAGAUGCUAUGCCAAAUACAUCAGCUCCCAGCAGAUCCUCCUCACCUUCCUCCCUGCUACCUUCACAGAUGUUCUGAUGUUGAUGGCCUCAGGGUUGGAAACAGAGCCUCAGAGUAACAUCAGCACACAGGAAGAUGACACUCUGACUCCCAGCAACAAGUCGCAGGCUGACUCCCUGUCUGGCUCCACCAGUGGGCUGGAGAGGUCUGAGUCUGGCCUCAGUCUAGCUAUUAAGCUGCGAAGGAGCUCCAGCAGUGGACACUUCACUUCCAGGUCCCCUUUGCUCUCACCAAGGUCUGAGGGUCAGACUGGGCCUGCUGACUCCCUGACUCUAGACCAGGACAGCUGGGAUAGCAGGGUGUCUGAGACAGAGACCGGGACCCCAGGCUCAGAUCUGGGUGAAAAAGAGGGAGUCCAGUUCUCUGAACCUCAGAAGGCAGAUUUCCACAUCAGCUUCAGCAGGCAGGUUUCCCAGCAGAGCACCAAUGACAGCAGCCAAUUUAAGUGUCCAGUCUAUGUCUACAACUGCUCCCUGGAACACCUGAAGGAGCAACUCGUACACCCCAGCUCGAGCCGCCAACCCAGGGACAUCUUCUUCAGACCUCAAGAUGCUGAAUCCUGGGAGAUGUAUCAGCAGAUGAAGUACAGGUCACUGUCUCAGGACCGCAGCAGUCCGUCCCCUUGGACCGACCUCCUGGCUCAGCCUCACAAACACAAGGAUCUGGCCAACUACUGCAGCCUGCUUCAGGAGCAUUACCACCAGAGCUACGUCAAAGGUGUGUACCGGAGCCUGCAGCAGUCCUACAACAUCAGCUCCCAAGAUGUCCUAAUGGCCAUGGACUACUGUGAAGAAUCCCUGCAGGAGAUCGACAUCACUUCAUUCCUGCAGACCCUCUGUGGACACAUCAGGGUCUUUAGGGAGCAUGGUGAGGCUCCAGGAUGGGGAGGGAAUCCAAAACCUUCAAGGAGCCUUGCCACUUUCAUCAUUGGAGAGGUUGAGGAGGACCGACCUGAUGACAGGACUGCUAUGGCCUCCUCUUCCAGUAUUGAAAUGGAGGAUACCAGUGAAGCUGAAUCUAGAGGAAAGUCCUCUGCUCCUACAUCUCCACUGAUCCUGGAUGAGUCCAAGACUGCUAAGAUCCCAGAGUUCCCUCUGACGCUGCUCCGGACACAGCCCAAGUGUGAAGUGUAUCCUGAUGUGCACAAAAUAAUACAGGAUAAAUUCAUGGAGAUUGUGUCUCAGUAUUUCAAAACUGUGCCCUCCAAUCCACAUUACUUCUUCUACUGCCCGCCGUCAUCCAAGAGAGAGGAAGACUCAGAGGAUGGUGAGAUGGAGAGGAGACCCAGUGAGGAGCUGGUGUCAGAAGCUGAGCCAGCUACUGAGGAUGAACAUGUGUCAGGGUGCUGCAUUAUGACGGAGAGUGACACUGAUUUGGUGGUGGAGUAUGAGGAGCAUCCAGGCACCAGGUCUCAGGGGGACGGCGAAGACCAGUCCCUGUCAGACUCCAACACUGUCAACCAGGACCAGGACUCCUUUAGCAUCCUGGAUGGAGACUCCCUGCUGGAGCAGGAGGGGCCACAGCUAGACAUGCCACCGCUUUUUGUUCAUGUCACUUGUUCUGUCAAUAUGAAAAGCUGCCAUGGCUCCAUGCCCAUACAAACACUGCCUACUUGCCUUGGUGAGAUUAUUUCCUGCCUGGAGAAUGCUGAGACCUUACAGUCUGUGGAUUUGAAUGAGCUCUCAGUCACGUUAGAUAUUUUUGUCCUGACACUACCUCUGGAGAUUGAAGUCAUGGCUGAUUUCCAUCACAACAGGUAUACGUCAGAGAGCAGUGUGUCUCUGAAUCGUUCCCCAGGACAGCCCUCCUCUUAUAGGUCUGAUGAGGAGAUGAUGGCAGUGUUGGACAGUCUGAGGGGAGGUGGUGUGGAUGGGGUCUCUGGUGAACCCUUGUCCAAACUACCAGUUCCUCACAAGUUAGCAAUUCUAGCCACCAUGGACGAGAUUCGCUGGCUGCUGGAGGAUGAGAUCGUUUCUGCCCUGCGUCACUCUCGGGUCAUCAGCUCAGCCACACUGCUCAAAGUAGCAGAGCAUGUUUUGCGCUCCAGUGGUCGACCACACUGUCACUGUGAAGAUGUCCCACUGCAGUUUGUCUUUGGGCCUGAGCAGUCUCUGGAAAAAUUCAAAGAGGAGUUCCGCAGAAUGGCGUUUUCUGGCUACGUGCUGAAUGGAGAACAGGACAAUUUCUACUACAUGUCUUUGAGCAGACUGCACCCUCAGAGGAUACGUGCCACCAAGAGUCUGUCAGAGGGCACCGCAGACCCCCCACAACACAUCAGCUCCUGCAGUGCUGGAGCACAGGUGGAGGACGCCAUAGUAGAGAGUGAAGCAAAGGCUCAGACCACAGAGGCAGAGAGCGAGCUGCAGGGUGAGGAGAAGUCCAUCAGCGUUGCUGCUGACACCCCUGCUGACACGUCCGCAGAGCUCAGUGAGCCGAUCAGAGCCAUGAAGCCUGAGGCAGAAGACACCGGCUCUCAGAGCUCAGUCAGCAUGGUAGGAGUAACACCUCAGUCAGGUACCCCCCAGCUCCAGACUGAGCGCUGCACAGAGGCCACCUCACCCCCCAAGACUCCAUCCAGUGUCAGCCUGGCUGAGUCCAUGCAGUCAGCCACUCACAGCUGUAGCAAGCUUAGGCCGAGUCGAGUCCAGAGUGUUGUCUCCAGCCAAGGCAGCCUUGACUCAGACAUGCAGGGUUAUGAUGGUGGCAGCAGUGACUCUGAGUGUGAGAGCCCCACCCUGGACGAACAGGAAUGUCAGUCCCCGCUGAUGCCAGACUUCUGGCUGAUUGUUAAGAUCCACCAGGAUAGAGUGAAGGUCUACUCCCAUUCUAGGAGUUUCACAGCAGGAAAAGAAGUGAGUGCUGAGGAGUUGGAAAAGAAGGAGGAAGAGCAGGAGCUGCCUGAAUACUUACAACUGCAUCAGAUGGUUGUCAGGAAGAUCGGGGAAAUCUGCAGAAUUGUCAAUCAGCGUAUGCUGCUGCAGGACUUGCAUGACAGCCAUGUGUGUAACUCUCUGCUUGUGGCUGAGAGUGAGGAAGACAUCUGGAAGAACGAGUCUCUGUACAGGCAGAGGCUCAACACCUCCGAUGAUUACAACACAGAUGAGAGCUACCAGGCUAGAGACUACCUGGCAGCCACCAUGCAGUUUAUUCCAGGGCAUUUUGCCUGUGACGUGGUGUGGAGCACAAUCAUCCACAUUCACCCACGUCUCAAGAUGGGACCCAACAUGGGGGUGUCCAGAGCAAUCCAGGCCCUGCGCUCUGUGCUGAACUCUUUCUGCGUGGUCAACAGGAAGAACAUGUUUGUCUACCAGGAGCGGACAACUAAAUCAGUUUUCUACCUCAGACUUUGUGAAACGUCACUAACAGGGAAGUACUCUGACGUGGAUGGCAACCUCCACACAACUCGCUCCAUUGGGCUCGCCAGAAGUCAAGAGCCCCUGUUUUCUGAGGACCUCAUGGGCUCCAGGUCUUCUCUAGAGGGCUCUCGGCCUGUUGGACAAGUGGAUAAACACAUCCUGCUACUGGUGCAUGGAGUGGGAAACGCUGGUCCAGAGAUCACAGACGAGCUGGUCAAGGUGCUGCGCAAGCGCCUGGAUGAGACCACCUUGGACAUCAUCACUGUCAUGCUUGUCAGGAACUGUAAGCUGACGCCAGCUGAUGUGGAGUUCAUCCAACCAUCAGGCACUCCAGCCACUGAGGUGAUGAACUUCAGCCUUCCCCAGUACUGUUUUCCCUGGCUGUCUGCCGUGGCUCACUACCUCAGACAGAACCUCCUCAUCUUCCUGCAUGUGCCCAAGUACACUGACAGCAACACAGCACACCACUUCAAGCACUACUUUCAUUUGAGCAGUGACUUGGCUGACGGUGAUAUCUACCUCUACAAUAAACCUGGAGGCCAGGGGACCGGAGGCAAAGGUAUUGCCUGCAUCGCCCUCUCAUUUGUGGACGCCACUGGUCGGCCCCUUCAGGUCCCAGCUCAGGACUGUGCCACGCUGCAGAGAUCAGAGAACUGCGCCAUCGCCCUUCAUCCGGACCAUUUUGAUGAGCUGACCACUGUGGUUAAAGUGGACUCCAUCAAUGUCAGCUCAUGUACAGAGCCACAGCUGUAUGUGCGGUUUGACAUCUGGGAGCAAGGCAACGUCAGCCCCUUACAACUGAGUGAUAAACUGCAGGGGGCACUCCGCCAUGCGCUCUGUGACGUCGUCAUGGAGCUCAGAGUCUUGCCCAAUCCCCUUUGUCUAGGUGUCCCCUGCCACACAACCAAAUCUCAGAAGGAAGAAGCUAAAGGACUGUUGAUUCCUUUACCUGAGGUGAAAGAGGUGAAAGAUAGUCCCAGGCAGCGUAGUGGCUCACGGGUAUUUAAAACCAGCCCCUCACCCAUCACCUUAACCCAGUCUGUAGGGAGCACCCCCAUAACGGGGACCAGCACACCCGAGUCCACUACACCCACUGGAAGGAGCACCCGCCGGAGCUUCUGGGACAUACUGAGUAAGCCAGACUCAUCAGAGCUAGGGAGCCCAAAAACAACUGAUGACAUAGUGCAAGAAAAAGGAGAGGAGGGCCGAGCAGCACGACGAAGACACAAGACAGAGAGCGUGAAGCAGCAGUGGAGCCAGGAGAAAGCUAUGGCUGUGGAGCUGGAGCAAGCCCAGAGGAGGCAGGUGUCUCAGUUGGAGGAGGGAGAUGUGGGCACUCUGCACCCCAUCUACCAGGUUACCUGCCAGCCGUGGAUCACUUUCAUGGCUAAACUUGGCUGCUCCUCCAUUCAGCAGUGCACGGCUGAAAUUGCUUCGCACUUCCUGCUGCCUUCCAUUUUGACAGAGAUUGUCAAUUUGGUCAGUUCUCUGGCCAGUGAUACAACAGUAAAGGCAUUUGAAAAGACAAGAUGUCCCCCAUCUGGAAACAUCUUUGUACCAUUCCCUCUUGCCCAGAACCUCAGCCAGCCUCCUGAUGCUACAAGGAGCUUCAUUCUCAUUGGACGGAACUUCCAUCAGUGGCACUGUAGCACAGAGCAAGAAGACAGUUCAGAUGAGGAAAACACGCCAGUGCUAAAUAGGUUCACACCUCAUAAGGGCUUCCAGCGCUUCGAGGCUCUGGAGCAGAGUGAUUGGUUCAGUCCCAGCCAGGCCGGGGCAGGGCUGGCUCCCCGCCAGAGGUUCCUCUUCAUCAGCAUCCUGGACAAAAAGGUGACUCUGUACAGCUAUAACUGGUCUGUGGACCUGGGCGCCUCUCUGAAUCGUGAGCUGGUCCGCCUUGUUAAGUGGCAGAAUGCGAGGGCUCAUGUUGUCCACUGCCUGCUCAGCCAGAAGAUGGGCCUCUUCCAUCACCACUGCUUCUCUGAUGCACCCAUCCACGAAAUGGACUCCAAGCAGGACCCCAACCCAUUUCUCAGCCCCUCCAUGGAGCCUGAUGCACUGCUGCGUAGCGCAGUUCCUCCUCUGCCCAGUAAAGAGCAGGGAAGGCUGAGUAGCUCUGUCCGAAGUCUCGCUCCACUCCACUUCCCCUCUGAGCUGCUGCCCUUUGACGAGGCUCUGAGGGACAUCUGCACCAUCCGACCCCUGAUGGAGGGGGAUGUGGUGGCCCGGCAUGGGGGCCAGCUCUUGGAGAUAAAAGCAGCUGAGCGUAGAGAACUGGAGAAACAGAUGAAGAUAGAGAACCUGUUUGUGACGUGGCAGCAGAGGUCCGCACAGUCCAACAUGCCCAUCUCACUGGCAGAUUUGGAGACCCUGAAGCACUCAUCCAGACUGGUCCACUACUGCGCCACCCCUCUCCUCUUUGACCCUAUCUUCCGCAAGCAGAUCCAAGAGGAGCUGAUAAUCCAGCCUCCAGUGAAGAAACGACAUCGCUCCAGUGACUCCACAGCGUCAGGUCGGGACCGGAGCUACAGCACAGACUCAGCUGACAUGCUGCCCAGCCGGCUGAAGGAGGAACCCUGGCUGCUUGAGAUUUCCGGCACUUUCCUCCAGCAGUACGUGCAGUACCUGCAGAGCAUGGGCUUCAUUCUGGUCCAGGUCCGGCCUCAGUCCCCAGCUCGCAGCAUCGCCCGGGCUCGUGCUGCCAUGCUGAGCUCCAUGUCAUCAGAAGGGAGGAUGUCUUUUUCUUAUGUGAAGCAGAAGAGCGAGGACAGCCCUAAGACUACAGCAUCUGGCACCACAGCAUAUCACCUGCAGAGGGCACUGCCAGGGGGCAUCGUGUUGAUGGAGCUGGCUUUUCAGGGGUGUUACUUCUGUGUGAAGCAGUAUGCACUGGAGUGUUCCCGAAUCCCCAUGGGCCAGACAGUCAACUCCCAGGGCAGCCUCCUCACCAAACCUCGUUGCAAGCCGUUUCCAGAUGCCACCCCAGUAUCUGACUGUGCGCUUUCCAUGCUCUUCACUGAGGAAUGUGAUAAGGUACGGGACCUGAUGCACGUUCACUCCUUCAGCUACGACUUCCACCUGCGAGUAGUUCACCAGUACUUAGUUGGCUGCCACAUGACGCUGCGCCAGGGCUACCAGCUCACUGACUUCUUGGAUGACUUCAUCUCCCAUCAUCCAGAUAUUCCCAAGUUUGGCCGCAACCACGUCUUUCAAGGGAGCUUUUCCAUCUCCACUGGGAUGAUAACUGCUCACCAGCUCUACAAUUACAUCACUGACCACGCCAGCACUUACGGCAUGAAGCCCCUCCGCAUGUCUAAGGCUGCAGUCACCACUGACAACAAGAAAGGGACGUCUGACCUGCAUGAGUACGCACUUGUGGCUCUGUGGAAUAGUUCGGGCUCUUACAAGGAUCUGGAGGGCCUGCACCACCAUGAUGACUUUGAUGUGUCCCUGGUGGUGUGCCAUAAUGCCGCUCCAUUUGAGGAGCAGUCAGACGGGGAGAGGCAUUUGCUGAGGUUACGCUUCUAUGUGAUCAUGACCAGUCAGAGAGAGCUCUUCCCCCGCCUCACUGCAGACAUGCGGCGUUUCAAGAAGCUUCCUCAGAUCCACCGUGACCCCACUGAGCUGGGUGGCCGUCUCCCUCCAGAUCGAGCGGAGGCCGGCGGGUCGCGCGGCACUGAGCACGACCUCUGGGAGGAAACACCAUCUGAAGCUGCAGCUGCUUCAGCCCCGAGCGACGGAAAUGAGUUUUACCCUCUGGUGGGGGUGGCGGGGGGUGGAGCAGAGGCUCAGGGGCUGCUCUACCCCUCCCCUCUUUUCCCUCUGCUCAACAACGAGGUGGCGACAGCCCGCAGACAGAUCCAGGUGAGCGUGGAGCAGGCCAUGGGUCACUGCCGCAGGGAUAACCUGUGGAGGAGGCUGUUCCAUGGGGAGCACCUGGCCCUGGACAAGCUGAAGCUCACCAAGCUGUCGUUCAGCGAGCUGGAGGAGCUGCUGGAGGCUGUGCAGAGCCGCUCAGUGGGGGAGAUCGACCCACAACUGGAUUGUUUCCUGACCAUGAGUCCAGCCUGGUACCAGAGUCUGAUCAAAGUCCUGCUGAACCGCUUCCCUCAGAGCUGCAGACACUUUGAUGACAACGGAAUCCAGUAUCUUGCUGUUUUGAACCAGAAGUUCACGGACUGCUUUGUUUUGGUCUUUCUGGAUACCCAAGCUGGAAAAACAAGCCUAAAGGUUGUGUUUCGGGAGCCACUGCCAUCACAGCCCCAGGCCAGCAGCAGUCCUCCUCCCCAGCUGGUGUCCAUGUACCAUCACCUGGAGUCUGUCAUCAACACAGCCUGCUAUAACCUCUGGACAGGACUGUUAUAGAACUGAGCACUGUCAGUGUCAGUGCUGGACUGACCUCCAGCUCAUGUCCAUGUGAUUAUGAGCGAUUUGAGAAAAGAUGUUUGCCAGUAUGCUGUCAUUAAGCUUCCCCACAGCCACACCACUGACCUCUGACUGAGAGCACCAUCGAGAACAGCAUCAUAUUGGACAGUGAUAUUAUUUAUGCAAUUCCCUUUUAGCACCCUGGACACACAAGGUAGGAUUCCUCAAUCAUUUGUACCCGACCUGGAAAGACCUGAGACAGAUCUGUCCAUUAAAAGCAACAAAAAAAACAGACCCAAACUUGAAAAGACCAGCUUGACAUGACUGAACGUCUCAAAGGAAAUGUUACCCAAUGCAGUUCAAAAAUCAAAAAAAAAAUUAAAUGAAAGGUUUAUAUAUCACCAUUUGCUGAUGCUCCCAGUUUUUUUAAGAUAAUGUAGAGAUCUUGCAUCCGUUUAAGAGCUUUUAACAGGUUCACUUUCAUUGGUGGGUUUACUUCAGCAUUACAGAGGUCUGAUAUUUCUGUCUUGAAAUAGUGCAGCUUUUACAUAACAUUCAGAAAUGUGUAAAAAUCCUUUUAGUGAAGUUCACUAAUGUUAGUGUCUUCAGCAACAUAACACUCAUAACAUGUGUCCAAACAGAACAUGAUGAAAUUUUAGAUGUGGCAUAAUUGCAUUGAAAGUCAAGGGAAAGACGUGAGUAGGCAUAAACCAUGGAUGUAUUUAAGAGAACUGGAUACUGUGUUACAAGAUGGUAAGUAAGUAAAGUUUAUUUAAUAUAGCACCUUUCACAGAGCAAUGUCACAAGGUGCUUUACAAGAGUAAAAUUGUUAAAAAAUAAGACCAUAAAAAUAGUAAAAAGAAACAAACAAUAAAACAUAGGCAACAGACCUUAAAAAUACACAGUUGCAAACACAAGACAGUACAAGGUGAGACAAAGGCCAGUUUGAAUAAAUGAGUCUUCAGCUGUUUUUCAAGGCAUCAGAGACUGCAGAUCGUAUCUCUAUGGGAAGAGUGUUCCACAGUGCCAGAGCCACCACUUCAAAGACACCAACACCUUUUGUUUUCAGUCAAGAGCGAGGAACAACCAGUAAGCCCUGGUCAGAAGACCGAAGUGACCAAAUGGUGAUAUAAGGAUGGAGCAGAUCACAGAUGUACAAGGGUGCCUGACCAUAUAGGGCUCUAUAUGUGAAAACAAGAACCUUAAAAUGAAUCCUAAACAUGAUGGGAAGCCAAAGGGAAUUGCAGCAGUCUACCCGGGAUGAUUUAAAAGAGUGAGUGAUCAUCUCUAGCUCAGGUUGUGAUACAACAGACCUGAGUUUGGCAAUGUUUCUUAAAUGGAAGAGACAUGUACGGGUCAACGAUUUGAUAUGAUGAUCGAAGUACACAGCCUAAUAUAUCUGUGAAAUAUAACACAGAGAUAAGGCUGUACAGCUGAAGAAAGGCACCCAAUACACUGAGCAACCUUGGAAGCUAUGCUAUAUGAAGCAAUGAAAUGGACCUCAGUCUUAUCUGCGUUUAUCUGUAAAAAAUUGUUAGCCAUCCAGUCCUUAAUGGCAGUCAGACAAUUGUACAAAACAGUCAGUUUGUCAGUCUCAUCAAGCUUAAAAGAGAGAUACAGCUGAAUAUCAUCAGCGUAACAGUGAUAUGAGAUACCUUUUAUAUUAGCUAAUAUUAUGACCUAAGGGAAGCAUAUACAAAGUAAAUAAUAUAGGACCUAAGAUAGAACCCUGAGGCACACCACAGGAAAGAGCAGCGGUUUCAGACAUGUAAGGACCAAGUGACAGAAAAACUAUCUGAGAGACAGGAGGAGAACCAGUCCAGGGCGGUUCCAGAGACACCCACCCACUGCCUAAGCCUUUCAAUGAAGAUGCUGUGACCUACAGUAUCAAAACCUGCACUAUGAUCCAGCAGCACCAAAACAGAGCAUUCACCCACAUCAGAAAACAUCAUCAUGUCAUUGGAGACUCAGAGAAGAGCUGUUUCAGUGGAAUGCUUCUGGUGGAAACCAGAUUGGAAUUAUCUAAAAUGUUGUGUGCAGUCAAGACAGCAGUGCGGUGUUUGGCAACAGCUUUCUCUGAAAAUUUUUGCGAUAAAAGGCAGCUUAGAUGUAGGCCUAAAGUUUCUGGGGAUGGAUCAAUCUAAAUGAAAAGACAGUUCCAGGCAAGGUUGUGAUGUUGUUGCACCUGAGUAGUUCCUGCCACCACAAACUACCUCAGACCAGGAUGGUUGCGUCUGGAGGUUGGUCUGAUAAGAUGUGGAGGUAAGAACUGGGGACUUGGAUCUGGCUCACGUGCGAGCCCACUUGGCACCCCGCUGGACUUUAACCAGCACCGAUGGAAUGACAGCACGUGGUUCCACGGCUCCCACAGCAAUAGUGAUGCUUGACACCAUCACAUGAGAUAGUCCAUUCUCCACAGCUACCAGGCUCUCCACUCUGGCAUCAGGUUUGGUACCAGCUCCAGCACUGGUCGCUGCUAGCCAUGGUGGGUGGUGGCAGAGCCCUAGACCGCGACCCGCAACAGCCAGGAGGAGGGGGACAGAGCAGAGGUCUCCUCCUCUCCAAGACAACUGGACUUGGUGACUAAAACCCUUAAAAAUCUGUGUUUCUCUGUUUGCAGACUGCAGAUGACAAGAGUGUCAGCACUAUGAGCAGUUCAUGGUUAAAAGAUAAAGAUAAAAAACCACCAAGAUCUAAAAAGUGUCAUACAGGUGUGGCUUAAAAUGGAUAAAAAGUCACUUUCUGACAGAGCUUCUGGCGGGCAAACAGACGCUGACGCAUGUGUGAAUGAGAAAAGAAUGAGACUGAAUGAGAUUUAUUCAGCUCUCCGCUGUCUUAUCAUGAGCAUAAUGCUCCCCAGCUGAUGGAUCAAUGUCCUGGAGAACUCUGACACAUAUCUGAUGACCUGAUGGACAAGGAAACAUUUAGGUUUGAAUCCAGUGAAGAAGCCGUCAGCAAGUCUGACUGAUUCUGAUUCUCCAUGUUGAAAUGCAACACAACUCAUUAGCAGCCAACAAUUAACACUUCAGGAUUUUAUGUAACAUAACUGCACAAGUUUCAUUCUCCACAGCUUGAUAAAUAGGUCUGAGUUAUUAUUGGAUCUUGUGCCUUCUGAUAUCCUUUUGUUAGCUAUUCAUACCACAUCAGUGUUUUUAUGAGUGCGACAGCUGAGAUGUCAGUCUGCAGAGUGGGAAGGCUUUUAUGUUACAUUGUCAAAAGUGUCAAACUCGCUACCCACUUGAACCCCACUGCCAUAUCUGGUGCCCUGAAGUGCCUUUCUUAGUUUGUUUUUCCUUUUUUUUUUUAUUUAACUCCCAAGUCUGUGCAGUGAUACUGUAUGUGUUGUUGUUUCAUCGCCUCUGCAAAGAUCUAUGGAAACACACACUCCUGAUGUUAUGCAGUGAAAGUGCCUGAGUCAGUUUGGGAAAAUGUAACUAAAAUUGCCUUUCAUAAGAAAGAAAAUGAGUCAUAUUAACUUUGAUGAUUUGCAUAAUGGCUUGCCACAUGUCAUCAGCGACAAGUGUUUCCAAAGCAUGUUGAGGAUGAUGAGUUUGGCUUGUUGUGUUCUGAAACAGUGUGGCUGGUAAUCAUAGCUUAUUUUAUAUGAGGGCAUAAAAGCCAGCCUGAUACAGGAGUGUAACAUCACCGUUAGAAACAUACAUUAAGGCUUGAUAUCCAUUGAAAUACCUUCAUUAAUGACACACUCAGCCUUAGAUUUCUACACAUUUUGACUGGAAGGAAACAAAAACGUGAAUGUGGAGCUUCUUUGUGGAUGUAAGGUAAAGAAAUGUUGAGCAAAGCAGCAUUCUGAGUCCUCCAAGAAUUCACCCUGAAUGUGAAACACUGGAUAUUCAUCAUGCAAAAUGUGAAGUUUAAGAAGUUAGCCCUUAGCAUUUUGACACUGUAAUAUAAACACUGCACUGACUCUUAACUGUAUAAUGUAUAUUAUGUAUAUACAGGACACUUUAUAUAGUAUGUGAAAUGCUAAAUAAACCAGUAGCAUGAAAGACAA